UGUAUGAGAAAAACCCACCAUUGACAGUGGUACAAAGAUUUGUACAUCUACUGGACACAAGUGAUGCUGAUUAUGCAGAGGAACUUGAGUUACAGAAGGUAAAGCAGCAUGUGGUGAAGGAGAUAAAGUCUAACCAGCAGCUUGAACAUGAUCUAGAUCAGAUGGACGUCAAGAUCGGACUCCUCAUAAAAAAUAGAAUUACAUUGCAGGAUGUAGUAAUGCAUAAUAAGAAGUUAGCGAAACAAAGAGAAACACAGACUGGUGGGAACCGUAAAAGUGCUGCCAUACCAAAGGGGUUAAAAGUUAUGUCGAAAGAAAGUCAUGAUAGAAUGGAGGCUUAUCAGCACUUGUUUUACCUGCUUCAAACCAAUCCAACAUACCUGGCCAAACUCAUAUUUGAAAUGCCUCAGGAUAAGACAACAAAAUUCAUGGAAUCUGUGAUUUAUUCACUUUUUAACUACGGAAGUAACGUCCGUGAAGAAUACCUCUUAGCAAAAUUGUUUAAGACAGCUUUGGAAGAAGAAAUCAUUUCCAAGGUGGAGAAGAUAACAGACAUUGUGACGGGCAAUCCUCUUGUUGUAAAGAUGAUUGUAGGAUUCAACAGGAAUCAGCGUGGUCAAAAUGCGUUGAAGGAGAUGUUGCAGCCAUUAGUUAUGGACGUUAUAACGGACAAGAAUAUUCGCAUCAAUACUAACCCUAUAGAAGUUUAUAAAGUCUGGGUGAAUCAACAAGAAUCGGAAACUGGUAAAACAAGUACUCUACCUUAUGAUGUGACCGCUGAAGAAGCAUUGAAGCACCCAGAAGUUCUGCAGAAGUUACAGGAGUCCACAACCCAGUUAGAGGCUCUGACAGAUAGGUUCCUGACAACAAUUCUACAGUCACUUGACAAAAUACCAUACGGAAUGAGGUACAUGGCGAAGGUUUUACACGCAGCUUUACAGAGGAAAUUCCCAGAUGCUCAAGAGAAAGACGUUCUUAAAAUUGUAGGUAACCUGUUGUACUACCGAUACAUCAAUCCAGCUAUCGUUGCUCCGGAUGUGUUUGAUAUUAUCAACGUUAGUGCCGAGAAAGCCCUCACAAACGACCAGAGAAGAAACCUAGGAUCUGUCGCAAAGAUCCUACAGUUUGCCGCCUCCAAUAAAGGAUUUGGUGGAGACAGCUCUUAUCUUUCUCAUAUGAACUCGUACAUCAAAGAAGCUCAUGAAAAAUUCAAGAAAUAUUGUAUAGCAGCAUGUGAAGUUGAAGAACCCGAGUUAAAGUUCAACAUUGAUCAGUAUACAGACGUUACCAUGAUAACAAAACCUGUAAUAUAUGUCUCUAUACAAGAAAUAGUAGAUACACAUCAGUUGUUAUUAGAACAUCAGGAUAGUAUUGCACCGGACAACAGUGACCCCUUACAUGAACUUUUGGAAGAUCUGGGAGAGGUGCCAAGUGGCCAUGAGUUGCUAGGAGUUGAGAUAGGUGAUAACGAUAUCCUAGAAGAGCAAAUACAUGCCCAGCUUGCCAAAACUGAGAUUACCUUAACUCUCACAAACAAAUUUGAAGUGCCGGAAGAUGAUCAAACAGACAUAAAGACAUUGUUGAUACGAACUAAACGUAUGUCCGUUGAUGUGAUAGCUUGUCAAGAUGGAGAGACUCUCGCACAGAUUCUAGAAACACCUGCCACUGAGGAACAAGAAGAGCUUCAUCAAGCCUUGGUGAAAAAGCGUGACCUUCGAGACAAGCGUGCAGCAAAGACAGACGGUAGUGUUGUCCGUACACAAUCUAUGUCCGGAGAUUGCCGUCUGCCGCUACAUCUUAUGAAGACAAAAAUGAAGAAAAGUUUACAGAAUCUCGAGUUAGCAAAUGUGGUGACAAGGAAAGAUGGAUACCAGGAAAUUAUAAAUCUCAUUGCUCAAGAUAUCAGAAAUCAGAGAAGGUACCGUAACAACCGUAAACAAGAGUUGAAUCGUCUACGUAGCACUCUGAAGAGUUUGUCAGAGAAACGUAGCUUUUAUGAAUCCCAAGUGGACUACUAUAACCAAUAUGUCAAAACAUGCACAGAAAAUCUUCAACAGAAAGGGAGAUCCCAUAAAGCAAAAGCCAACAAGAAUGCAAGAAAGGCACAGGGUACAAUUAAAUACAGCGGUGCAAAAAUGCAUGAGAAAGGUGUGAUACUUGAAAUAGAAGGAUUGUCUCAAAAUCAAUUUAAGAAUGCCCAGUUUGAGAUUGCAGCUACAGCAGAUCCUGGUAUAUUCCAAGUCAGUGCUAAAUUUAUGGGUAUUGAUGUAGAAAAAGUAGAACUUGUCUUCCAGGACUUGUUACAGCUACAGUAUGAGGGUGUGGCCGUGAUGGAAAUGUUUGGAAAGACAAAGAUUAAUGUAAAUCUUCUCAUUUUCUUAAUAAAUAAGAAAUUCUACAGUGGUGGGAAAUAAAACUUCAAGUGACUUGUGGAGGAGAACAUUAUUUCUAAGGUGUUUCAGGAUGCUGCCAAAAUGUGUUAUUAUAGUUUGUACCAUAACACAAGAAAGAUGACUUGUUGAGGUCAUUGUAUUGAAGGCAGGAUGAUAAAUUGAAUGUCUCUCAAUUUUUACCAUUUAUUGAUUUUUUUUUACAAUUUGAUAAGAAUAUAUAUAUAUAUAUCUUAUUUUAAUAUGGCAUUUCUGCAUAUACUUUUUUUUGUAUCAAGCUAUAUAGAAUUGCCUGCUAGAUCUAUAUAUACAAAAUUUAUAAACCCUUAAUAUACAUAGUUGAUAAUGAAUUUACUUAUUUAUUGGUUUAAGAGCAUAUUAGGCAAGUUGUUAAAUAUUACGAUUGGUCAUUCGGGGUUUUUUUAGCCACAAUAUGUGUGAAU